UAUCCCAUGUUUUUCCCACUUUUAGAUUGGCUGUUCAAAUCACGCAUCCUCUGUCCCGCAUAUUGAUUCCCCUAUCAUAUGAUUUCGUCCCAGGUAUCUAGGGAUAUUGUAAUUGGAAAACAUCCUAUAUUUCAGUGCGUUUGGUACUGCUGACUGCGUACGUGCGGUUGCCGGUUGCCAUAGAGACCGUGUUUUUAUUUAAAAAUGGCGCAUGUUUUUGAUUUCGCCUUGAUUGCGCUCCUGAAACGAUUCUACGAAGAAGAAUGAACGAGGAGACUAUGGAGAACGCGAGUUCGCUCGAGAAGACGGCGCGGAGGCUCACUGAUGACAUACAGAGUAUGUCGAAUUACAAGGCACUUUACAAUGAGAUACAGAGACUUGUCGCGUCAUCCGUCGUGAACAAAGAUGACUUUAAGAACUCGCUGAUCGCAGCACUUAAAGAUAAUGGUCUGGAGACUGAAAUCAGAAACACAGUGUUUCACUGGGCACGAUCACGGGGUUCGCUGCAUUCUCGAUCAGUUUCGCACAUACAGACAGCUGACUUGAGCUACCUAAAGAAGACACAGAUUCAAUGGGAACGACGCAUACAGAAGUCAUUAAAUUCAACAUGCAGUGAAUUGAACAUUCCACUGGCUCGUAUAAGAUCCACUGCUGAUAGGGACGAACUAGCUGAAAAGUGGAAUGAAUUGAGCACUUAUGAUAUGGAUUUAUCACAAUACCGACCACUAUAUGCACCAAAGGACUUUCUAGAUGUAUUGUUCUCCAUACGUGAUCCUUCAUUCAAAAAGCAACUAUUAUUAUCAAAACAUUUCAGAGACGAAUUAAAUUGGGAUUUUAGUCAUAUACAGAUUAGUGUAAAGACGCUUGCGCAAUUGAGACAUAUGUACUCAGAAUUAUCACAGGGACUGCCAUUAUUAGGAAUAAAUCCUGAUAUGCCGGCCACAGAAGGUUUCCCAAAUUUGGAAGCCGAGCGAACGCACAUUGGCGAAAAAGUAUUAAACUCGAAUCAUGCCCCGAUUGCACAGGAAUUUCUUAAAAGAGGAUCCCCCCGAGCUUUGCGUGGUCGUAUUUGGUCACUCGUUCUCGGAUCUGUUAUCAAAGAUAAUGAUAUAGAAUAUUACGAGGAAUUGAAAAAUAUGGUUUUACAAUAUGAUAUUGUGAUAGACAAGCUGAUAAUAAUGGAUGUACAAUUAACGGCGAGAAACGAUGAUCAAUACUUUGUAUUUGAAGAUGUUUUAUAUAAGACAAUGUUAUGCUUUUCGAGAGAUUCUGAAAUACUUGCCCCAGUCACAACCGACAGAAGUGCCGGGAGUCAAGUGAUCCACGCGGUUUUGCAAGGCAAACCAGCGACACUGGAAAAUACUUUGGUUUUUCCACCAAGUGGUGUUAUUCCGUUCCAUGGAUUUACAAUGUAUGCUACGCCAUUUUGUUAUUUAUAUGAUAAUCCCUGCACUACGUAUUAUACUUUCCGUGCAUUCUACUUGAGAUACUGGUUCCGUUUGCACACUGUAUCGAGUCAUGAACAAGGUAUAGUUGCUCUCUGCUUACUUUUUGAACGAUUACUGCAGUGCCAUGAACCGCAGUUGUGGGUUCAUUUCAAAAAUAUACAUAUUCAACCCAUAAAAAUAGUCUUCAAAUGGCUUAUGAGAGGUUUCAGUGGUCAUUUACCACCUGAACAACUAUUGUAUCUUUGGGAUUUAAUUCUCGGUUAUGAUUCUUUGGAAAUUAUUCCACUAUUGGCAGUGACAAUAUUGAGUUUUCGAAAAGAAAAUUUAUUGCAAGUUAAUACUCAACAGAAUGUAGAGGCUGUGUUAGCAGACUUAUCUUCUCUAAAAGUAAUGCCUUUGUUGCAGUUGGCUCUUCUAAAAGAAUAAUUUCACUUUUGCAUAUAAAUUUAUAAUUACAAAAUUUGUAAACUUCUUUUUAGAUUUGUGUAUCAUUUGUCUAAUUGUCAUCAUAUCCCAGCUAACGCUAAAUAUAUUUAUAGAAAAUUUCGAUUCGUAUUUUCAAUGCCAAAUAUUUCAGCACAGUGAAAGAUUCAUCACAGAAUAUAUAAAUGUCACAAUAUAAAAUGUUGGAAUAUUGUGUAUGAAUACUCCUUGUAUGUAUAUCACGAAAAUUACGAGCAGUACACACCUCCGCCGACAGAAGGCCGCAGCGGAGAGCAUUUACUCACAUUACAUUAAGAAUCAUCUGGGAAAGAAUAUGAGUGCAGCAUUUUGUCUAUAAAGUAAGCCUCAAAAUAGGGCUCCAAAAUGAAAGUAUAAAGUGCGUUUUUCAAAGCAAAA